AUGAAGAUUCUCGCCGCCAUCGCCGCCCUCAUCUCAGCCAUCCCCGCCAUUUCUGGGCUGGUCAUUAACACGCCCUCGGGCGUGGUUCAGUGUCAACCCAUUAUGAUAACUUUUGGCUCCGGCUCUGCCCCAUACUACAUCUCUGCUAUCCCCGCUGGCCAAGUUUCAGCCAGCCCGCUCCGAACCUGGGAUCCUACCAACGCUCAGAGCCUGACUUGGAAUGUCGAUAUGGCUGGCGGAACGGCCAUUUCUUUCAUCGUCAAGGAUAGCACUGGCGCCCAAGCAUACUCGGAUCAAGUUACAAUUCAGGGUUCAAAUGAUUCAAGUUGUCUCAAUGCUAGCUCGACCGCUGCGCAUGCGACCGCCAGUGCAGUUGCAACUGGCAGUGCAGCAAGCCACGCUUCUGGUGCGGUCGAAGCGACAACUGCAUCAGCUGGGAGAGCUGCGGCCACUCAAACCACCUCUUCCAAUGCGGCGAACGGCAACGCCGUUCACACUAGCGGCGGAUUCCAAAUGGACGUCGGAGCGCACUGGGUUGGCGUUGUUGGAGUCAUCGGUGGAUUGUUGUUGUAGAUUUUGGACUAGUGUGGAUACCCCUCGUGAAUUCCUUUCUUCAUCGUCUGUUCACAGUCUUUCACAGUCUAUACGUAUGACUACAUUCGUUUGAUACAAGAGAUCGGAGU